UCUCCUCUACGGGAAGUGAUGUGGGGCCGGACGGAAAAUAGCGCCAAGCACCUAAAAAAGGCCAGUCGCACGGGGUCCCGAGCUCCAUUUGGAAGGGAGUACCUAAGGGAUAGAGCACAGCGAGGACGCGGCACUUUGGGAAUCUAGCACUGCAGCGACGCAACAUUGCAGGGACAGCACCGGACAGAGCACCAAACCGGGUGAAGCACAGAGUCCUUCAUCAUGUCGGAUGGAGAUUAUGAUUACCUCAUCAAGUUUUUGGCCUUGGGAGACUCUGGGGUAGGGAAGACCAGUGUACUGUACCAGUACACUGAUGGGAAGUUCAACUCCAAAUUCAUCACCACAGUGGGCAUUGAUUUCAGGGAAAAGAGAGUGGUGUACAGAGCUAAUGGGCCAGAUGGAGCUGUGGGCCGAGGCCAGAGAAUCCACCUGCAGUUAUGGGACACGGCGGGGCAGGAGAGGUUUCGUAGCUUGACCACUGCCUUCUUCAGGGACGCUAUGGGUUUCCUGCUUCUGUUCGACCUGACAAAUGAGCAAAGUUUCCUCAAUGUCCGAAACUGGAUAAGCCAGCUACAGAUGCACGCGUACUGUGAGAACCCAGAUAUAGUGUUGUGUGGGAAUAAGAGUGACCUGGAAGACCAGAGGGCCGUGAAGGAGGAGGAAGCCAGGGAACUUGCGGAGAAAUACGGAAUCCCCUAUUUUGAAACCAGUGCUGCCAACGGGACAAACAUAAGCCAUGCGAUUGAGAUGCUCCUGGAUCUGAUCAUGAAGCGGAUGGAGCGGUGUGUGGACAAGUCCUGGAUUCCGGAGGGAGUGGUACGGUCCAAUGGCCAUACCUCUGCGGAUCAGCUAAGUGAGGAGAAGGAGAAGGGGUUGUGCGGCUGUUGAGACGCCAAGCGAGCCCCGAGGCAGCAGUGCAUGACCCCUAGCUGCCGCCUCCGCUGUAGAGACCAAGCUCGGUGAGAUGAGCAAGCAGCCCCUCCUAGGCCAGGUGCCUCUCCUCGCCGUGGCAUCCAUCUGUAACGCGCUGCAGCUUUGUAUGAUUUAGUCCAUGAAACGGGGGAACUACUUCACAGAGCCAAAAGUGUCUUAUAAAAGCCCACGGUGGCGGGUCAUUUAGGGAUCCAAGAUUUCAGCCAUGAAAGAUUUAACCUGUUAUGCAGAACGCUGAUGGUCCUGUCGCCCUGCCUUAACACAGUCGCCUGCCUCAACACAGACAGCCCUAGAGUCUCGUUGAAGACAUUAAGAUGUUUGAGCAACGAAAAGCAAGCACGGUCUUGAGAAUCCAGAUUUCAAAAAUCCAUACUGUAGACUAUCACUCUCAAACACAUGAAUGUCAAUAAGUGUGUGCACACGGGUCAGUGUCUUUCAGCAUUGCUUCUAACUUAGCCUUCCCUUUGACAUGAGCAUAAACAGAUGGCGGCCAUAUCUAUAGACUCAAUAGACCGGGUUGACGCACUGUGAGUUUGGGGGGGGGGGAGGCAGGUUUAUGGAGCAGGGGUGGGUGAAGUAGGGGUCAAGUUCCUUCAGAUGGUCUGGGUUAGCCAAGGGGUCAUGGAGACUCCUGUGUCUAUCCAUGGUCUAUUGGUUCAGUCCACAUCUGAACAUCGUUCAUGCUUCUGCUGUAUGUAUGUGUAUAUGUAUGGUCUCUUCAUAUGUACGUAUGUUUGGUCUGGCACCUCAAGUUCCUCCCCUUUCACUUGUCUGGAGACUUCCAAUCUGACUUUUCCGUCAAGCUUUGGUGGUGGUGGGGUUUCCCAGUUUGUUUCCCCCUCCCCCCCCCAUUAAUGUAACUGAAGGAAUCUCUUUUU